CCACAAAGCAAUACACCACCGGUUCUCCGCAACACAGCAUCUUCAAAAUGUCUGUACAUACACCACUAUGCGACUUGCUGAACAUCAAGCAUCCCAUCCUUCUGGCCGGUAUGGCCAAAGCAUCCGGCGCCGCCCUUGCAGCCGCAGUAUCUAAUGCCGGCGGUCUCGGAAACAUAGGUGGCUUGGGCUACACUCCAGCGCAACUCGAAGAAAUGCUCGUCGAGCUCAAAUCACUACUGCGUGACCCCAACCUACCAUUUGGCGUCGACCUGGCACUUCCACAGAUCGGUGGAGGAGCACGUGCUACAAACCAUGACUAUACACACGGUCAACUCGAUGAAUUGAUCGAAUUAAUCAUCAAGUAUGGCGCAAAAUUGUUCAUUUCUGCUGUUGGUAUACCUCCCGAGCAUACUGUCAAGCGUCUCCACGAAGCUGGGAUAUUGGUUAUGAACAUGGUUGGUACCCCAAAACACGCCGAAAAGGCCCUGCAGCGUGGUGUGGAUAUCAUCUGUGCCCAAGGCGGAGAAGGAGGUGGUCAUACCGGUGACGUCCCAUUCUCUGUCCUGAUUCCUGCUGUCGUCGACACUGUGCAAAAGUACAAGAGUCCCCUUACGGGCAAGAUGCCCCUUGUUGUUGCUGCAGGUGGUGUAAACGACGGCCGGAGUCUAGCAGCUUCACUUAUGUUGGGCGCCUCUGGUGUAUGGGUCGGUACACGAUUCGUGGCUACCGUUGAAAGUGGCGCUAGUAAAAUCCACAAGGAUGCCGUUGUCUCAGCCGGAUUUGGCGAGACGAUUCGUACCCUGGUUGUUUCCGGUAGACCACUUCGCGUCUUACCGAAUGACUAUAUCAAAGAAUGGGAAAGUAGACCGCAGGAUAUUCAGAAAUUGACGGCACAGGGUAUCAUUCCCAUGAUGCAUGAUAUUGAGAAUGAGAAGGAGGAUGUCGAUUUUCCGUAUUUGAUGGGGAGUGUGUCUGCGGUUGUCAAGGAGAUUAAGCCGGCUGGUGACGUUGUUGAGGAGAUUGCAAGGGAGGCUACUGAAGUGCUUCGACGGAGUCAGACGUUCAUCAAGGGUGGCAAUAGCAAAAUAUGACUUAUACUGUAGGUUAGACUACAACGAUCUAUAUAUGCUUUUUUUUUU